AAAGUAUCUGUUAGUCAUUUUACAAAAGAUUCUAAUUCUACCUGCGACUUCAACAGCACUUAUACCUCUGCUUGUGGAGAGAUUGCUCAGUAUCAUUCAGAAUGAUGACAAAAGGAUUCAAGUGAUUGCAGAAAUUAUAUCAGAAGUUCGUGAGCCAAUUGUUGCAGUUGACAAGCCUGUUGAUGCUGCUGAAAUAAGAAAGCAGGAGCUUAAGUUGGCUGAAAUAAAAGUAAAACUUCAUGAAGCAAAACAAGGUUUGGAAGACUGCAUUGCUCUGCAGGAUUUUAAUACAGCAUCAGUAUUAAAAGAAACAAUAGCUGAGCUGGAACAAACGAAAAAUGACCUGAUAAAAGCAGCAGAGCAACCUGAAAUUAAAGAAAUGCGUGUGGAGAAGAAUGAUCCUGAAACACUGUUGAAGUGUCUGAUGAUGUCUUACGAGCUUCUGAAGAUCUUGUCCCUUUCUAAAGGAAUCAGUCCAACCAUUAAUGAACUCAUUCAUUACCUGAUACUUCCUGGUGUAACUCAUGUCCAGCCAGCUGUGAGAAAUAUGGCAGUUAUGUGUUUGGGUUGCUGUACCCUUCAGAACAAAGAGUUUGCCCAACAACGGCUUCCAUUGCUGUUACAGGUUUUGCAAGUAGAUAAUAUAAAGACAAAGCUCAGUGCUUUAAGAGCAGUCUUUGAUCAACUGAUGCUGUUUGGGAUUGAGCCUUUUAAAACCAGAAGAGGCAGUGACUCUCCAAGUGAAAAUGCAGAUAGCAGAAGUGACAAUGGUGAAGAAGGAAGCAAAACAGUAGAGGAGGAAGAGGAUGCUGCCAUGGCUCACAACUUUCUGCAGCUUCUUUGUGGUUUCUUAGACAGUGAGUUUUCAGAACUUAGGACAGAAGCUGCAGAAGGCAUUGCUAAGCUGAUGUUCUCUGGGAGGCUGAUUAGUCCCAAGCUCCUCUCCCGUCUGGUUUUGUUGUGGUACAGCCCCAUGACCGAAGAUGAUACUCGGCUUCGACACUGCCUCGGAGUCUUCUUCCCUUUAUUUGCUUUUGCAGACAGGUCUAACCAGGAAUGCUUUGAAGAAGCUUAUUUUCCAACUCUGCAAACACUGUUAAAUGCUCCUGCAACAUCACCCUUGUCUGAAGUAGAUGUCAGUAAUGUUUCUGAGCUGUUGGUGGACCUGACCAGACCAAGUGGACUGAAACUUCAGUCUAAAAGUUCUCAGGACUAUCAGGAGUCAACAGUGCAUGAUAGUUUAGCCAUGAAAAUUUGCAACGAAAUCCUGAGGGACCCAACGGCACCAGAAGUUCGUAUUUAUGCAAAAGCCUUAAAUUCACUGGAACUCAGUGAUUCUCUCAGGGAGAAUCUACUGGUGUUGCUGGAUGAGAUUCUAGAGAAAGUGAACGAUAGACUGUGCCAAAAAGCUAUUGAGAAGGUAAAGAUGAACUUGACCAAGGAUCCUAAUGUGGGCCAAAGCCACUCCGGAAAAACUGAGGAAACAGACCCCUCUGAAAGGACACAGGAAACUGAAAUCAUGUCUGAAAAUACUGCUGACAAUGCAGAAGAAAGUAAUAAAGAUGCUCCUCAUACUCCAGUUAAUGAAGUUAAAGAAACUGCAAAAGCAAAAUCCAUGAGAAGCAAAACUGGCAAAGGCCAGCCGAAAACAGCAACAGGAGGGAGGUCUGUGCGCACAAGAAAAACUGGUGCAAGUGCAAGAUGCCCUAGAGGAAGUUGUGCUGAAACUCCAGAGUUAGCCCCACAGUCAAGUUCAAGGCCUUCGAGACGGGCAAAAACAUUGGCACUUGAGAAAACAAGAAUGAAUCUUUCAAGCCUUUUGAAUGAGGAAAUGGACUAG